UAAAAUUACUUAAAAUGGUAUUUCUCGGUACCAAAUUAAACCUUUGUCCCCUAUAUUCGUCCCUAAUGGGUAUUGGUUUUGUAGUGUAAGCUGCAGCAAUGGUUGGAAGCGAUGGAAACCAUGCGGAUGGAGGCUGGAACUUUGGGGGUUCUCGAGGGAAAGAGGAGGGUCGACAGAGGGCUGGCGCUGCUGCUGCUGCCUUUGGUCGCGCGGCUGUUGGCGAGAGCGUGGGAAAGUGUUGGGGGGUGGUGGCAAUGCCCGGCUGGUGCGGCUUCGUCGAUUCAUCUGUUACUCUCAAAUCAAUGCUUUCGUGAAUCCCCUCCGCUAAGUUCUCUCUCGCGAUCGCAUCCGGUUGCGACUGUGGCUACUUAUUCUUGUUGGGGCAGGGUGAUUGUGAGGAGGGGAUUUUGUGAGCAGUCGAACAAAAUGGCGGCAGCUCUGCUUUUGGUUUCCUCUAUGGGAAUAGAGUGACUUUCUGAGUUGUUCUGUUUAGGGUUGCUUUUUACGUUUCUGUUAUGAGGAGAUGGGAGUAACCGAAGAAAUCACUAAAGGGUCCGGUUGAAAUAAAAAUUAAUGGUCUCA